AUGAUGAGACGCAUGUCAACUGUGGGGUGCGACGCCUUCUGCGUCACGGUUCUUCAGCCGUCAUUCUCUUCGAUGCCACAGUUGCUGCCCAUGUUUUUGCCGCCCACACGAGGGUCGGUGCGCAGAGUGGCGUUCGCGUCCUCGCCCAAAAAGCCACAUAAACUGCGCAGUUUUUUCAAGAUGGCGGACAUGUACAGACCGGGCAAGUACACGUCAAAGGACAUGCCGAAGGGACCGACGCCAUCGAACCAGCCAUGGGACCCUGUUUUUGCUCACUACGCCUUUCAAAAGGCCACUGGCCCGCUGCAGCGAAAGCAGAACACAACCCCAGAUGAUCAUCUUACCGUUGACGAGCUGGAGAAGUGGAUGGACGCAACCGCCGCCGCGAAGGUGUUGGGCAUCAAGGAGUCGGAGUUGCCAACAUUAACGUCCUUGCAGCUUGAGGAGCGCUGGGCAAAGGUGUACAACGAACGCACGAAUGCGAUGCAGCAGGAGACAGUCAUCGCAGCUGAGGUGUUGUUGGAGUAUAUUGAUUCCUCAGUGCAUCGUAAGAAAUCCCGGCAAUAUUACAGGAAUUACGUUGACAACGCACGACAUGCGCUCGACCACGAAGCUGAUUUGCGACGUCGGGGUUAUCAACAGAAGUUUUAUUAUUUGUUUGGCGCGGUAAUGGUCAUUGGGUGCAGUGCGGUGAUGUUUGUUGCGUUUUUUCGAAACGUUAUUACUCGUAGGGACGUUGAGAACAUUGGCGCCAGUGCCGUGGCGUACCUCAAUAUGGCCUUCCUACAGCCAAGCAAUCCGGAGCCGGCGCCAGAUUAUUCCACACGUUACCGUGACACUCCCACCGCCAUGGAGAUUGACCAGCGCGAAGGCAGGUACGGCAAUACGGAUCCCACGCAAGCCCAGCUUGUUUUAGAGGUCGAGGAGUUUCGACGUCAUGAGGAGGCUGAAAUGUUGCGACUUCUUAAUGAUGAGAAUGAACGUGCGCAAAAGGAGGCAAAGAUGCAGGCGGCUAGAGGUAGCCGUGUGCGUGUGUACCGUUCGGAGGACUUUGAUGAAUCCGGCGAGUUGAAGGAACCUGCGGCACUCAACAAAGACGUGGACCCCGCAGCCGCCUUCUCUCAAAUGACGUUUCGGCAGUUUGCUGCCAUGAUGGCGUCACAGUUUGGCGGAGGCUCGCGGUUUCAGCGCAUCACGCAGAACAGUGUGCGGCGCAUGGAAGAAAUGGAGAAUAUGCGAAAGCGUAUCGACGAGACAAAUGUGUAG